GUUUGGCAAACGAUUUGAACUGGCCCUUCUUGCCCAAAGUGUAGUGAUGUUGAUAUCUAUGUUGUUAAUGAUGGAAAUAUCCGUAAGGAUGAAUCGUUUGCAUGUUCAUAAAGCACAGCAUGUAUCUGUUUGGACUGGUCAAUUAAUAAGUCAUUUUUGGCAGUGGGAUGAUCUCUCGAGUUAUAUUUUUCUAAUAUUUGUUUUCAUUGCGUUUUGGUCGAUACUUACGUGUUUUCUGAACGGGUUUAUACUAUAUGUUGAAAUUCUUGGUAUAUUUGCACUAUUGUCUGAAGCGUGUCUCGGAUUCCCUCAACUUAAGCAAAACUGUACAAGGCGUUCUACAUCAGGAAUGAGCAUUGGGAUGGUACUUAUUUGGUUGAUUGGAGAUUGCUCUAAAACAGCUUAUUUUAUUUAUGAAAAUAGUCCAUCGCAGUUUUGGUCGUGUGGAAUAAUACAGAUUACAGUUGAUGUAUUAAUAAUGCUGCAAGUAUACUUUUUUGGUAAAAAAGCUGCAAAAAGUCGACCUCAAAUACAACAAGGAGAUUAGCU